UUUUUCAGCCUCUUUGAUUUCCACAGGACUUUAGCCUGCUCCCCUUCAGCCUGAGGAACACAACAUGGUUUUGGAAAUGCUGAACCCAAUGCACUACAUUACCAGCAUGGUGCCCGAUGCUGUGCCCAUUGCUACCAUGUCAGUCCUGCUGCUCACUGGGCUCCUUCUUUUGGUUUGGAAUUAUGAGAACACCUCCUCAAUCCCAGGUCCUGGCUACUGUAUGGGAAUUGGGCCCCUCAUUUCCCACUUCAGGUUCCUGUGGAUGGGGAUUGGCAGUGCCUGCAACUACUACAACAAGAUGUAUGGAGAAUUCACGAGAGUCUGGAUUGCUGGAGAGGAAACACUUAUUAUCAGCAAGUCCUCAAGUAUGUUUCACAUAAUGAAGCACAAUCACUACAUCUCCCGAUUUGGCAGCAAACUUGGGUUGCAGUGCAUCGGCAUGCAUGAGAAUGGCAUCAUAUUUAACAAUAACACAGAUAUCUGGAAAGCAGUUCGACCUUUCUUUACAAAAGCUCUGUCUGGCCCUAGCCUCGUGCGCAUGGUGACAGUUUGUGCUGAAUCCAUGGUAAAGCACCUGGACAGGCUGGAGGAAGUCAGAAAUGAGUCGGGCAGCCUCGACGUGCUGCACCUCAUGCGGUGCAUCAUACUGGACACCUCCAACAUGCUCUUCCUGAGGAUCCCCUUGGAUGAAAGUGCCAUCGUAGUUAAAAUACAGGAUUAUUUUGAUGCAUGGCAAGCUCUCCUUCUCAAACCAGACAUCUUCUUUAAGAUUUCUUGGCUCUACAAAAAGUAUGAAAAGUCUGUCAAGGAUUUGAAAGAUGCCAUGAAUAUUCUGAUAGAUGAAAAAAGACACAAGAUUUCCACAGCAGAUAAACUCGAAGACAGUUUGGAUUUUGCCACUGAGUUGAUUUUUGCCGAGAAACGUGGUGACCUGACAAGGGAGAAUGUGAACCAGUGCAUACUGGAAAUGAUGAUCGCAGCACCAGACACCAUGUCUGUCUCCGUGUUCUUCAUGCUGUUUCUCAUUGCAAAGCACCCUAACAUUGAAGAGGCAAUAGUGAAGGAAAUUCAGACUGUUGUUGGUGAAAGAGACAUAAGGAUUGAUGAUAUACAAAAAUUAAAAGUGGUGGAAAACUUUAUUAAUGAGAGCAUGCGGUACCAGCCUGUUGUGAACUUGGUCAUGCGCAAAGCCUUACAGGAUGAUGUCAUUGAUGGUUACCCAGUGAAAAAGGGGACUAACAUUAUCCUGAAUAUUGGAAGAAUGCAUAGACUCGAAUUUUUCCCCAAGCCUAAUGAAUUCACUCUUGAAAACUUUGCCAAGAAUGUUCCUUACAGGUAUUUUCAGCCAUUUGGUUUUGGGCCCCGUAGCUGUGCGGGAAAAUACAUCGCCAUGGUGAUGAUGAAAGUCAUCCUGGUGACACUUCUGAGACGAUUCCACGUGCAGACAUUGCAAGGUCAAGGAGUAUCUAUUGAAAAGAUGCAUAAGAAAACUAACUUGGCCGUGCACCCAGAUGAGACGUACGGCUACAUGAAUAUGACUUUUGUCCCAAGAAAAUCAGACAAGUGCCACGAAUGCUGAAGAAGAUUGGUCACUACCUACUCUGGAGCACUUCUAAUCAGUAGUUCAUUAGAAAAUUUUUCAUCCUUGCCAUAGUAUCAUCUUCAUAGUGAACAUUAGGUGGUGUAUGACACUUUAUAGGCAUACCUCUUAUGGGCUGUCAACAGACUAGGAGACAUCAGUCAUCUGAUUUUGUCCAAAACACAGAAUCAAGAGCAAGAGAAAACACAGAGGUCAAGCGCUUGCAGGCAAAAUGGUCAGUGAAAAACUGCAGCCUUAGAGGCCCAAUUCUGCAAAACGUGUUAAAAAACAGGCCACCAGCAAAACUUAUAUCUGGUUGCCCAUGGGAUCUCCACUGCCCUGCCCCAAGAGCAGUUGAAUAUCUGGGGCAGAAGCCCUUCAAUUGAUUAGAAAGACCAGACCAACGUCUGGGUGCCUAGAGUCAAACACAUCUGUUAGUGUAAAUAAAAGUGUUUGAUUUGGCUUUCAGUGGAUUGGGGACGAUAGUGUUCAUAGUCUUUGGAGAAAUACAAAUUCAGUGUUUUACUUUUCCUAUUAUUUAUAUUCAAUUGACUCUUGUUUAUCCACAUGUGACUUGUCUGUAGCAAAAGUUAAAUGGGAAACUAUCCUUUCUCAGUCUCUCAAUUCAUGCCUCAGCCACUUACCUCUGCUAUAAUAGGUGUAGAUUCAGGUAAUACAAGCUAACUUAAUAAUUACUCAAGUAAAAUAUAUAAUUAGGACCAUAUAUCUAUUGUAGAAAUUGAAAGUCACACAAUGCAUUUAAAAUUCAAUUUUUUUUCAUGUUUGCAUUGUUGCUUAGUUCUAGUAGUAUGGCUAACCAAGAGAUAACUUUAAAUAUGGCAUGUAGUAACUCUCACAGCAGCUCCAGUGAUUUGGAGGAAAAGAAGUCCUCUAAAUCUUUAUCUAAUUCUGUAGCCCAGUAGAUUCAAACUUCUAAGGAGUGCUACUCCCACAGCAUUAUCUUUCUCCCUUGACAUUUCCCCCCUCUCUUUCCAUGACCCCAAAGCCAAGGGCAACAGAUUAGUAGAGAAGGUGAUCAGUGUAGAACCCCUGCAAUCAUUAUUUAUCCUACCUCAGAUUUAAUAGUCAUUAUGGAGAUUAAACAAUGGUAUACUUUGUUGAAUCAUCACAUGUAGCCAUGGAUAAAAUAUAUACCUUGUGAAUUAGCUUGGUAGAGGGAAUAAAUAGAUUAAAUUUUCAAAUACCAUUUGUGUUAUGAUUAUUUCAACU